AUGUCGCGUCGUGAUGAUAGAGACAGUAGAGCUUCGCGCUCACAACCGCAGCCACCAUACUCAUCUGCUGGUGCUGCAAGGACGGGCCAAUUUGUUAUAGACGCUGAAGGUAUCGACAGGGAAGUUAUCACUGCUGAUAUCUGCCGAUACCUUGGUAACGAUGCUCUCGUCAAACCGGGCGACGUGGAAGACCCGAGAACGAAACAACUUAAGCCUGUCUACGUGAUCACGGCUUACAGGAACCUUACAAAUGCAAUGAUACAUGAUUUAAAACAGGCGUCUGCAGACUGGCGAGCGGAGCGACUUGCUAGAUCUUCUUCUGCACAAUACCCUACAAAUGUAGUGGACUACAGAAGUUCAAAUGCACUCGAUCAAUCCAUUGCUCGAAUGGAUGCAACACAGCAGCCUCGUCCUGCUGCACAACAAGGGAUGUAUAAUUCACCAUCGGCUGCUGUGCCCAGUUCCCAAUCAUAUCAACCAAGUGGCCAGGGUUACUCGGCGGGCUACAGUCAGCCUACAAGUUACCAAAAUGAUGGCUACACCCAGCCCCCAUCACAACAGUAUGCUCCUUCUGCCCAAGGAUAUCCCACUCAGGACACCAGGAGUUACGUUCACGGAUCCAAUUAUGCUGUUGAACCCGCUGGCCGCGGUGGAUCUGUUCCUCAGUCCAUUCCAAGGACUCAGGCAGUCUCAUAUCCAUCCAGUACAUCGUACCAAGCACCUGCACCGCAGUACUAUUCCCAAUCUGGACCACCUGCAUCAACUUCAGCAUAUGCCGCACAUGCACCAACGGAUCCCUACUAUAGUCGUGCUGCUCCCCCAGGCAACUAUGAAUCUACCCCGGAGGUUUACGACACCAGACCAUACCCGGAAACUUCAGAUUACCAGAUGCAAGAUGCCGGAUAUACUGAACCAGGCUCAUACCAGGAACCAGUAUCAUACUCUCAGCCAAUGCCUCCUGGACGAAGUGGCACCGCCACUUCUUCGUCGUCUCAAAGGCCGCGUGAUCGGGACAGUAGGGAUGAGCGUGACAGACAUCACCAACGCCGCAGGAAUUAA